UAAGGUAGUUUAAAUGCUCAUUCCACCAAAGAUUUUCAAGAACUUGAAAUUAACUUCAAAUAAUAAGAUGGCAAGGCCUCAUGUUCUUGUUGUACCUUACCCUGAACAAGGGCAUGUGAUUCCACUAAUGGAACUUUCCUUGUGCUUAGUAAAACAAGGCAUCAAAGUAACAUUUGUUAACACUAAACAUAACCAUGAGAGGAUCAUGAAUGCAUUCCCCAAAGGGAAUAAUAAUGCUUUGCUAUCUCAAAUGAAUCUUGUGUGGAUACCUGAUGGAUUGGGAUCCUCAGAAGAGAGGAAGAUGCCGGGGAAGUCGUCCGAAGCAGUGCUGAAGGUUAUGCCGGAGAAAGUUGAGCAGAUCAUUGAAGACAUCAAUGAUGGAUCACUUUGUGAAGAAAAGAUUAGUUGUGUGCUUGCUGAUCAGAGCAUUGGCUGGGCUAUUGGCAUUGCCGUAAAGAAGGGGAUUCGACCGGCGGCAUUCUGUCCUGCCGCCGCCGCGCAGUUGGUGUUGGGAUUGAGCAUCCCAAAGUUGAUUGAGAGUGGCUUCGUCGACCAAGAUGGAACUCCACUGGAAAAUCAAAUCAUUCAGCUAUCACCAACAAUGCCAGUUGUAAGCACAGAAAACCUCGUCUGGGUUCGCGCAGGGAGCACAGCUGCUCGGAAGCAUAUUUUCCAGCUCAUGUUGAAAAACAUUGAGUUUAUGGAGAAAACUGAAUGGAUUCUUUGCAAUUCAACUUAUGAUCUUGAGUCUGCAGCAUUUUCUCUGGCACCAAAAAUCACACCAAUAGGGCCAAUUCUGUCAUCAAGCCAUAAUGAGCUUGACCACUCUGCAGGUCAUUUCUGGCCACAACACCAGAAUUGUUUGAAAUGGUUGGAUCAACAAUCACCCUGUUCAGUUAUAUAUGUCGCAUUCGGAAGCAUCACAACUUUUAGUUCACUACAAUUCCAAGAACUCUGUUUGGGACUCGAAACGUCAAAUAGGCCUUUCCUGUGGGUUCUGCAACCGGAUAUCAAAGGAGGGAUGCAAAAUCUGUAUCCAGAAGGGUUUGAAGAAAGGGUAAGUAAUCGUGCUAGGAUGGUGGGUUGGGCGCCACAGCAGAAAAUUCUAAGUCAUUCUUCGGUUGCUUGCUUCAUAAGUCACUGUGGUUGGAACUCUACAAUGGAAAGUGUAAGCAAUGGAGUCCCAAUCUUAUGUUGGCCUCACUUUGCUGAUCAGUUCUUGAAUAGGAGCUAUGUUUGUGAUGUUUGGAAGGUAGGAAUUGCACUCGAACGAGACAAAAGUGACAUAGUCACAAAAGGGGAAAUCAGAGACAAAAUUGAGCAGCUUUUGAGUGAUGAACAUUUGAAAGCAAGAGCUGCAAGUAUCAAGGAGAAGGUUCAACUUGCCACUGAACAAGGUGGCUUGUCUAACAGUAAUCUAGAUAGAUUUAUCAAGUGGAUCAAAACAUGAAUUAGCACAAUAUAAGAGCAUUAGCCAGCUAUGCUUUCAUGUUACUUCUCUCUUUUGUUUAAACCUUUCUGUUGUCUAUACUAUCUUACUAUCUUAGUUAAAUUGUAAAGUUGUGUUAUCUGCGCAUUUUAAAAAAUGAGCAUAUAAAAAUCACUACGAUUGGUCAAGUAGCAA